CUGCAGGGCGAAAGCUCUCUGCCGAGGAAUUCAACGGGAGCCGCAGACGAAAAAGGGGAGCUGGCUUCUCUCUCUAAUACAGGAGGUGUACACCCAGUAGUCUGAGGCCUCACCUGCCCUCCCUUAUCAUCCAUCUCCUGUCUGAGCCCUGCACCUGUUCUGACUCGUCAGCCAGGUGAAGGGGAUCCUCUGGCCCUCUGCUAUUUUUUCAGCUGCCCAUAUAGCCACAGGGCAAUUAGGAGCCCAGUCUAUUCAUUGGACUGAAUUGCUGCUUUGCUCUGUUUCUUUCUCGCUCUCUGUCUCUCUCUAUAACCCACCUCCCUUCACUGCCUGCCUAUCCCCAGCCCCCUCCCACUUCAUCUCUGACUAGCCCAGUCUGAGCCUGGUUGACACUGGGGCUGUGGGGACGUGUGGAGCCGCAGAUUUCCCUGCUGGAGUAAAAGUGUGGAUCACAUGGAAAGCACACAGGGGAAGAAAGGGUAAAACAUAUAAAUCUCUCUGAGGAUAGACAAAUUGGAUUGAGGAUUGGACGGCCGAGAUAGAAAAGUUAAAACUCCAAACCAAAGGACUCUGCAGUUGGAAGAGCAGCAGGUAUGAGAAGCCAGACUGUGGUCGUGUGUGUGGCCCUGCUGGCCCUGUGCUGCCUGCUGGGACCCAGAGGAGGGGAGAGUGCUGGGGGGAUUGUUUCUCUCAGGCAGGCUGAAAGGGGCAGGCAGGCAGGGGAUCACCUGCCAAGUGAGUCCCUGGAUCAUCCAGAAAGUGAGCAAGGACUUGCAGAGGACCCACACCCACUGGGACGCCACAGCAAAUCCAAGAGAGACACAGAGGAGGCUGCGCAGGCAGCUAUUUUGGGCAGAGUGAGGAGAGCGCCCGAGGAAGGCAAAAAGAAGAAGAAGGAAAAGAAGAAGAACAAAGAGCCAAAGGACCCCAAAGCCACCAAAAAGCCCAAAAGUGACAAGAAGGGAAAGAAGAAGGACCGUAAGACAACAACCACGACACCACCGCCCACCACGACAGCGAUCCCGACUGAACCGCCUACUGAGUCUGAGCCUGAGCCAUACACAGACUACCCCUAUCCUGAUGUCGACAAUGAUUACUGGAAACCGGACGAUGACUACUGGGAGGCUGAGCCCACAGCAUCCAGGCCUCAGCCUGACGAGCCCAUCACAGAGCUUCCAUAUGACGACAGGAAGCCAGAGGAGGGAGACCCAGCUGCUCCCGUAACAGACACCUACGAUGACUACUGGAAACCAGGGGAGAAAGAGCCGUCCACCCCAUUGCCUGACGCCUAUGAUGACUACUGGAAACCAGACGAGAAGGAGCCUUCAACCCCAGCGCCCGAUGCCUAUGAUGACUACUGGAAACCAGAUGAGAAAGAGCCGUCCACCCCAGCACCCGACGCCUACGACGAUGACUGGAAACCAGAUGAGAACGAUUUCUCCACUCCAGCACCCAACGCCUACGACGACUAUUGGAAGCCAGAUGAGCAAGAACCAGAAAAUCCUGUGAUUGAUAACUAUGAUAGCAACUGGAAAGAGGUGGAACCAACACCCCCUGCUCCCGAGGUUGAUGGGAAGGUUGGGACAGAUGAGAGUGAUUACUGGGAUGCCACAUUUGAGGCGCCAGACAAUCUUCCAUUCCCCGAUGGUAAAGAGGUCAGCCCUGAAAUCAUAGUAGAAACUCUACCAGACGAGCCCACAGCCACUCCUCCCUAUGAGGGGAAGUGGUAUGACGAUUACGAUGAAUAUGGAAUGAGGAGAAAAGAGGACGAAACAGACGAAAAAUGGAUAGAGAAAGAGAGAGAGAGAGGGAAAAAGGAGAGAGAGAGGGAAGAAAGAGAGAGAGCGCAGAAACUGAAGGAGGCAGAGGAGCGGGCCAGGAACAGACCACGUGUCUACAAGGAGCCCAGGAAGUGCCCUCCUCUGGGGAUGGAAUCACACAAGAUGGAGUCAGACCAGCUUUCAGCCUCCUCCAUGUCUCAGUAUGAGUUUGCACCUCAGAGGGGACGUCUCAACAUGCAGGGCUCUGACGAUGAGGAGAACAUGAGAGGUGGAGCGUGGUGUGCCAACUCAGAGGACAGAAUCCACUGGUUUGAGAUAGAUGCCCGCAGGGAGACGGAGUUCACUGGAGUUAUUACUCAGGGACGAGACUCACGGAAUGAGAGUGACUACGUGACGUCCUACUUCUUGGCGUUCAGCAACGACAGCCGAGAAUGGAACACCAUCCACGAUGGAUACGCCGACUGGUUGUUCUUCGGAAAUAACGAUAAGGACACUCCGGUGAUGAACCAGUUGGCGGAGCCUGUGCUGGCCCGCUACAUCCGGAUCAUCCCUCAGAGCUGGAAUGGCUCGCUGUGUAUGAGGCUGGAGGUCCUAGGCUGCCCACUGCCCGAUCCAGCAGAUGUGCAGUACAGGCAAAAUGAAGUGACUCCAGUGGAUUACUUGAAGUUCAAACAUCACAGCUACUCAGAGAUGGUUGCACUUAUGAAGUCGGUGAAUGAGGAGUGUCCCAACAUCACCAACAUCUACAGCCUGGGCCGCAGCUCCAAGGGACUGGAAAUCAUGGCAAUCAUCGUCUCUGGCAACCCCACAGAGCACGAAAUAGGUGAGCCGGAAUUUCGCUUCACGGCAGGUCUCCAUGGAAACGAAGCGGUAGGCCGGGAGAUGCUUCUGCUUCUUAUGCAGUACCUGUGCAAAGAGUACAAAGACAGAAACCCCAGAGUCCAGCGGCUGGUGGAGGGAAUACGGAUCCACCUCGUGCCCUCGCUCAACCCUGAUGGACAAACAAAAGCUUUUGAAGCGGGAUCAGAACUAAGCAGCUGGACCACCGGACACUUCACUGAGGAUGGCUUUGACAUCUUCCAGAACUUCCCUGACCUGAACAGCAUCCUGUGGGAUGCUGAGGACAAGGGCAUGGUGCCCAAACUCACCCCCAACCAUCAUGUACCCAUACCAGAAAACUUUGAGGCCAACAGCUCGAUUGCUGUGGAAACAAGGGCCAUAAUCUCCUGGAUGAAAAGCCAUCCAUUUGUGUUGGGUGCAAACUUCCAGGGCGGGGAGAGACUUGUGGCUUAUCCUUAUGACAGUUUACGUCUCAACAAGCCUGCUCAGAGCCAGAAACCCCACAGCCGCAAGAAGAGACAGUAUGAGGAAGAAAGUUUUGAUGUGACAGAGUGGGGGAGGGGUUACCAUGAGGAGCCAGAAGAGGACUUGAGAAAUAGGGGAUACGCAGAGCCAGAGGAAGAGUGGAGGGGUCAUGGCUAUGACCAAGGGUACGAGCGUGGACAAGACCAUGGUUACGACCGUGGACAGGACCAUGGAUACGACCGUGGACAGGACCAUGGGUACGACCACGGUUAUGACCGUGGACAGGACCUCGGGUACGACCAUGGACAGGACCGUGGACAGGACCACGGGUACGACCAUAGACAGGACCACGGGUACGACCGUGGACAGGACCAUGGGUACGAGCAUGGGUAUGACCCCAGUUACAACCAAGGUUACGGGCGCACAGAGGAAGAGGAGGAUGACCGAGGUAGAGGUGCCGGCUACCAUACUGCCGAGCAUGAGGAUGAGCCUCGGGUGAUUGCAGACGAGUCCCUCUUCAGGUGGCUGGCAGUCUCCUACGCCUCCACACACCUGACCAUGACGCACAACUACCACGGCUCCUGCCAUGGAGACACUGGCGCAGGGGGGCAUGGCAUUGUCAACCGGGCCAAGUGGAAGCCAAUCACAGGCAGUAUGAAUGACUUCAGCUAUCUGCACACCAACUGUUUUGAGCUGUCCAUAUUCCUGGGCUGUGAUAAGUUCCCUCAUCAGAGUGACUUGGCGUAUGAGUGGAAUAAGAACAGGGAGGCCAUGCUCGUCUUCAUGGAGCAGGUGCAUCGUGGCAUCAGGGGCAUUGUGAAGGACCAGCAGGGGAACCCCAUUGCAAACGCCAGUGUGUCUGUAGAGGGGAUAAACCAUGAUGUUACUACAGCUCCAACGGGAGACUACUGGAGGCUGCUGAACCCAGGGGAGUACCGCGUGACAGCUCGAGCUGAGGGAUUCUCCCCUCUGACCAAACUCUGUGUGGUGGGUUACCAGUCAGGAGCGACCGCUUGCAGCUUCAACCUGGCCAAGUCCAACUGGGACCGCAUUAAACAAAUCAUGGCCCUCCACGGCAACAAGCCAAUUCGACUAAGCUACAGCAACGCUAGAUCGCAGAAUCCCGCGGUUGUUAAUGGCAACAGGAGAGUGGUUGAUAGCAACAAUGGGUAUUCCGCAAAUUCACAACUCAGCACCGAGCGGCGGAGGAGGCUCAGGAUAGCUCGUAUGCGCCGCCUUCGGCAACAGAGGUUAAUGAGGCUGAGAUCAACGACGACAACUUUGCCCCCGACAACCACCACCACAAUGCCCACAACACCAGAGACCACCACGUCCUGGUACGACUCGUGGCAAAUAAUGGAGGGACAGUCCUCGACGCCCGGCGGGUUCACAGACUCCAUCCUGGAUUACAACUAUGAAUACAAGAUUGAUGACUAUUAAACCAAACACACGCUGCCUGUUUCUAUCAACAUACGUCCUUUCCCACUUGUAGUUCUUAUUGCCUUGUUGUUCUUCAAGCAGGUUGGUGAAGAAUGAACAGAGGAAUCAUGUCUUUGUAUGACAUAAACGCAAUGGGAAGGUUUAGAAUAUCAACUAUAUUAAUUGUAUAAAGAUAGUAUAUCUUUUAAUGAACACAUGAAAAAAUGCCUGUUCACAGAUAUUGACCCUGUUAAUUAAUGGUAUCAUAACAGUUCAAAACGCAUCUUUCCUCUAUUCAGUCUUUUUUAAAUGAAGAAAAGUUUAUUGUGAGUGCACACUAAACAAAGUCAUGACAUUUUUUUUAUUGCAUCAGAGUGAAAUUAUUUACACCAUCUUCCUCCAUUUUUACAGUAUGAACACUCACUGAAGGUUAAGAGGGUCAGGGAGGAGGGAAAGAGUCCUCUGUCAUGUGUCCUCAGAUACAGAUGGGGUUGAAGAGUUAUUUUUCAAAUAAAGGCUUAAUACAAAA